AUGGAUCCCAGUGAAGUAGAAUUUCUCGCUGAAAAAGAAUUGGUGUCUAUCGUGCCAAAUUUCAGUUUCGACAUGAUUCAUUUGAUUUCGGGAUCAGUGGGCCCGUUUCGAGCUGGUUUACCUGUCAAAGUUCCGAUUUGGCUGGCAGUGAAUCUGAAACAGCAGCAAAAAUGUCGUAUUCUUAAUAAAGAGUGGAUGAAUGCGGAGAGUUUGAACGAGGCGAAAGAGGAAGAAAAAUUAUCUAAAUUAUUUACAAGAAUGCCUAGUAAUCAUUAUAUUGAUGAAGCACAGCUUUUACUGAGUGUUGCAAGUGAUGAUAUCUCUGAUGCAGACACAAUAAGGACAGCAAUAAAGGAUAUAUGGGACAUAAGAAUGUCUAAACUUCGUACAUCUAUAGAUGCAUUCUUGAAGAGUGAAGGAUUGCAUGCAAAAUUAGACCAUCUGACUGCUAUGGAGAUCAACAGUGUACGUCCAUUACUGCCACAUGCUCUAGAUCAAAUGCUGAGGAUUCAAACUGUAUGUGCAGAUCUGGUAAAGCAGGCACAAUCUCAACAGACAGAGAAUUCACAAUAA